AUGGCAGCUACUAAUGACGAUGAUUUUUCUACCAGCUAUGACAGAAAACAUGCGCUGAAAGCUUUUGAUGACACCAAGGAAGGUGUCAAAGGCCUUGCUGAUGCUGGCAUAACUGAGAUUCCACGGAUCUUUUAUCAUCCACCUGAUGAGUACUCCAUCAACAAUGCCUCUGAUUCAGAUGAAGCUCAGGUUAAAAUACUUGUUGAAUACUCAAAUCAAGUAAUAAAGUUGGGGAAGCUAUUGUUUAAGUUGUUGUCUGAGUCUCUUGGGCUAAAGCGAAGUCACUUGAAUGACAUAGAUUGCAGUGAGGGGCUUCUGGUUAUAGGCCAUUACUAUCCUGCUUGCCCACAACCAGAACUUACAUUAGGAACGAGCAAGCAUGCAGAUAAUACCUUCAUCACUAUUCUUCUGCAAGAUAAUAUUGGUGGACUUCAAGUCCUUCAUCAUAACAAGUGGAUUGAUGUACCCCCUGUACCGGGUUCCCUAGUCGUUAACAUUGGAGAUUUUCUACAGCUUAUAUCAAAUGACAAAUUCAAGAGUGUAGAACACAGAGUACUAGCAAACUGUAGAGGUCCCAGAAUAUCGGUUGCAGGUUUUUUCAGCACAGGACUGCUGCAAUUGGCAAAGCUAUAUGGACCAAUUAAGGAGUUAUUAUCAGAAGAAAAUCCUCCAAAGUACAGGGAGACCACUGUAAGGGACUAUAAUGCAUACUACAGAGGAAAAGGCCUUGAUGGGAGAUUGGGAGAUCUGCCUUGGUUCACUAAGCUUUUCUUGUCUGGUUACUUUUACUUUGCCAUAACCAAGAUGGUAGCUACCAACAGAGAUGAGGUUCCAACUAACUAUGACAGAAAACAUGAACUAAAAGCUUUUGAUGAUACAAAGGAAGGUGUUAAAGGCCUUGUUGAUGCUGGGAUAACCGAGAUUCCUCGAAUUUUUUAUCAUCCACCUGAUGAAUGCUCCAAUGACUACACCUUUGAUCAUGAGGAAAGUCAACAUAGCAUUCCAGUCAUUGAUCUCGAAGGCCUUUUCGAUCCAACUAAACGAAAGGAGAUUGUUGCAGCUGUUGGAGAAGCAUCAGAGACCUGGGGAUUUUUCCAAAUUGAGAAUCAUGGGAUACCUUUUGAUGUGCUGGAGGAGAUGAAGAAAGGGGUACUUGGGUUUCAUGAGCAGGAUACUGAAGUGAAGAAACAGUUUUAUACUCGUGAUCACUCCAGCAGUCCAGUCAUCUACAACAGCAACUUUGAUCUGUAUAGCGCACCGGCAACUAAUUGGAGGGAUUCUUUUCUGUGUUAUAUGGCUCCUAUUCCUCCUAAGAUAGAAGACUUGCCGGAAGUAUGCAGAGAAAUCCUUGUUGAGUACUCGAAGCAAGUAAUGAAGUUGGGGAAGCUAUUGUUUGAGUUGUUGUCUGAGGCUCUUGGGCUAAAACCAAGUCACUUGAAUGACAUAGAUUGCAGUGAGGGGCUUCUGGUUUUAGGCCAUUACUAUCCUCCUUGUCCACAACCAGAGUUAACAAUGGGCACAAGCAAGCAUGCAGAUAAUAACUUCAUGUCUGUCCUUCUUCAAGAUGAUAUUGGCGGUCUACAAGUCUUUCAUCAGAACAAAUGGAUUGAUGUACCCCAUGUACCGGGUGCUUUAGUAGUGAACAUUGGAGAUCUUAUACAGCUGAUAUCAAAUGACAUAUUCAAGAGUGUAGAGCACAGGGUAAUGGCAAACCGCAGAGGUCCACGAGUAUCAGUUGCGAGCUUUUUCAGCACAGGUGUGCGGCCAUCGACCAAGCUCUUUGGACCCAUCAAGGAGUUAUUAUCAGAAGAUAAUCCUCCAAAGUACAGAGAGACCACUCUAAGGGACUUUAAUGUUUACUACAGAGAAAAAGGUCUUAAUGGGAAGUCUGCCUUGUCUCAUUUUAAGCUUUGAUCUUGGAGGAGGAGCCCUGCCAAGAACACUAGGUGUGCUACUAAAUUUUACUCUUAAACCAGUACUCAUACAUUGGUUGCUUUGAUUGUAAUAGUUAUGACUUAUGAGUGAUGUACUUGUUACUAAAGUGAUUGGCUAUGAUUUCCCUUUCUUCAAACUCAUGUGCAAAUGAAACGCAUUCUAAAGAAGAUCUUGAAGAGCUUGUUGAGAUGACCAGAUUAUUUAGAGUUAAUAAUAAGAUGAAUAUCCAGUUCUGUUGG